AUGCCGCCUAUUUCCGUAUGGAUACACAUUCCACCACGGGAUCCCGAUUUCUACUAUGAUAUCAAGUUCAACGGAGUGAGGCACACGUUCUUAUAUCCGUAUUUCUUUGUGUGGGCGCAAAAGCCAAAGCCAAUCCAUUUUGUGGCCCCAAAGGAGCACGAGAGAAAUGCAUGCAAAGAGUUUCUCGUGUCGUUGAAGAGCUGUUGUCAGGGACGAGUGAUUGAUGGCUUCGAAGUUGAUGGCGGGGCU